CAAUGACUUUUGGAAAACUUUGUAAAUCGUGCAUUAUAACACGUAUGUAUAGUUCCACAGGACAAUCCAAAGCAAAAGAAACCAGAAGCUCGACUGACUUAAUGUAAUUGCAGAGACAAACUGAAAAUCUUUUUGCGAGGGAAAGAGAGGAGAGGUGUCAACGUAGACUGUUCAAUUGAUACGCUUCGUAUCCAUAAUCAUUUUGAUUAUUACUGGGAUUUUAUCUGGCAUUCGCAUCAGUUAAGCGAGAUACUACUACCUGUCGAGCAAUUUCUUUACGCUAAGACGAAACGAACCACGACGCCACAGUAUGGCACAUUGCAAUUAGACUCUGAAUGUCAAAUGUGACUUGAUUGCCGAUUAUUUCACGGAUUUCAGCAGGAGACCUCGGUUCACCAUUAAGCCAGUCACAAUACGAUGCCUCACAAGAAUUAAACUAACAUUUAAUCCAGGUGAAAGAUUAAGCAUUUUCUUACCACAAAGACCGCUUCAAGAUUAAAAACCACAAGGAUGCUUUGAAGCUCCGUUCACUGAGCUGGCAAGAUGGACGUAGCAUAUAACUUCACUGGAUGGAAUAUGUCGCUUCCUGUCAAUGUUUCAGAAGCGGGAAUGGUGCCAAUUGACAAUAGAACAGACGACUUUUUUGGCAGUAACCAAACGUGGAGUAUCAACAACGUUACCAAUGGCUCUGACAUUACACCUGACCCAAAUGGAAGUGUAAGCAGAUCUGAAAUCGACAUAUAUCAGGUACAUUUACCUCUAAAAAUCACGCUAGAACAAUGGGUACCGAUUGUUUAUUAUAUAUUUGGAUUAUCAGGGAACUUUUUAGCCUUUAUCGUAUGGAUACAGCGAAGAAUGCAGCAUUCGUCUGGAUGCUAUCUCGCUGCAUUGGCUCUCUCAGACUUGUGUUUUUUGUUACUCCAUAUGCUGUACGAAAUCCACUAUAUAUGGGGGCACAAGGUUUUUAAUGCAAACGGAGCAUGCCAGAUUUUCGCCAUCGUCUUCAUGUGGACCCAGCACAUGUCGCCAAUGUUCGUUCUGGCGUUCACCAUCGAGCGGUAUUUGGCGGUGUGUCACCCUUUUAAACGGGACAAGAUAUGCACGAAGUCCCUCGCCAUCAAAGUGAUCGUUUCAAUCACGGUGGUCUGUCUAUUGAUCGAUGGAAUGCAGGGUUACUUUUGGACAUACGUCUCGAAAGCGGACGACUGUGACGUCAGAGGCGAGACGCUGAUUGGAGGUGUCGGUUCGGUAUGGAGUGUGUGGUCCUGGGUCACAGAGAUCUUAAUAUUCGCAGUGGUGCCUCUCUUGGUGCUGAUUUUCAAUAUUCUAGUGAUACACGAGGCUCGGAAACUUUCAGAGAAUGAGAAAAUUCAACUGCAGUCACGGAAAGGACGAAGGACUUCGACUACCACUUUCAUGCUUCUUGCCGUGUCUUUUUUCCUAAUUUUCACAACACUGCCAGUGACAAUAGUCUAUAAUCUGUAUGCCGUUUUUCAGCAAGGCGAUCCAACCUUAUCAGAUGAAGAAAUUCACUUAGACCAAAAAUGGCAGGCACAUCUGAAGUAUACUGCUAUAAAAACCUUGGUCCAAUACUUUGGAAUGGCCCACUAUGCAUGUAACUUUUAUAUAUAUUGUAUCACGGGGAAGAUGUUCCGAAAGGAGUUGGUCUUGAUCUUCAAAAGGGUGUUCCGAAUUCAAAUUCCAGUAAGCAGACGCGGUACUUUUAAUAGUAGUCUUCGAACCCAUAGCACGGGGUUUUCUUUGCGAAGUGGCGCUCUUAGAGCCAGCGAAAGAAGUAUUAGAAGUAAUAAGUCUAACGGUAGUAUCAAACCGAAUGGCCCUGAAAACACAACUUUAUUAUAAAUAAAUAAAUGAUAUUAAGAAAAUUGAUUUCUGCACAGUAUCCUGAAGGAAAUGACACACUUUUUGAGAACUCGCCAAAAGUUUAAGCAGAGUUCUGUUGCUUCUGGUACAUCUUUCGCGUCAGAGAAUGUCGCUUUGUCCAACUGUUUGGUUGUUUAUUGUUAUAUUUAUAUGCUUUAAAAAACUAGCCUGAUUAUGUACAUGUUAAUUAUUGUAAAUACCUAUUUCCAUAUUUAAAUCGGCUUUUGGUUGGUUUUAUAAAGGCAAUUUUGGUCUUUUCCCACUUUUGAAAAGAAAAGGACACAAUUUCAAAAAUCAUUUCACAAAAAAUAUUUGUGCAAUAGGUGGCAACUCCUAUACUUUCAUAACUGCUGAAUGCCCACUUCUUUUCGGUUCCUUUCUUUUUCUUAUAAAUAAUCAUAAUCAAAGUGCAUAUUAAUAAUAUCGUAUGUUUAAGUGGAAAAAAUUAUGACCAAGUCAAAUAAAUGACGGCUGUUUUUCAUGAGCAAAAAA